AGUCGUAAUUGUCCCUCGGUUGCAUCCGUAGAAAAUCCUCCUGGUUACCGUAGUGACGUCGUUGGUGAACGUUUUUGAAUCGUUCGUGAUACUCAUGGUGUGAAAAUUGGAAAACAUUAAUAGCUCGCAUUUCUGCAGUCUGGAGUGAUAAAAGCCUGAAAACAGCCAUGAACGUUCAGCCUUCAAAUCCCAAUAACCCGAUAGUGUUUUUCGACGUCACUAUUGGAGGGCAAGAAGUUGGCAGAAUGAAGAUAGAGCUUUUUGCUGACAUUGUUCCAAAGACUGCAGAAAAUUUUCGGCAGUUCUGUACUGGUGAAUUCAAGAAGGACGGUGUUCCCGUGGGCUAUAAAGGCUGCACAUUUCAUCGGGUGAUAAAGGACUUCAUGAUUCAGGGUGGUGAUUUUGUCAAUGGUGAUGGCACUGGCAUCUGCAGUAUCUACAGGGGACCAUUUGCAGAUGAGAAUUUCAGAAUGAAACACUCUGGCCCAGGACUCCUGUCACUGGCCAACAGUGGACCAGGAACAAAUGGCUGUCAGUUUUUUAUUACCUGCACAAAGUGUGACUGGUUGGAUGGGAAGCAUGUGGUAUUUGGAAAAGUGGUGGAUGGUUUGCUUGUCAUGAGAAAAAUUGAGAAUGUACCAACAGGACCCAACAACAAGCCCAAGCUGCCCAUUGUCAUUGCCCAGUGUGGAGAAAUGUGAUAUGUGAUAUAUUUUGUACUGUUACACAUCAGCAAAGACACAUGACCUUUGCUUCAAAGUAAAUAGACAAGCCAUUUUGGAUGACUUCUCUACUAUUCAUCAUUUCCAUUGCAAAUCACAUCAUUUUGAAACUUUUGUAGUAAUUUUGUGGGAUUAACUGAUUAUUUGCGAAAAAUUCUUGGUUGAACAAGGUUGUAGUUUUAUUUUGUACAAUGUUAAUUACAGCAGAAUCAAAUCUUAGAGCUUGUCACUUUUUCAAAGCCAAUUUCAUGAUCAGCUCAUCUGUCUUGUCCAUAAAAGACAAACUUGAAAUUCAAGAUAGAAACCUGUAUCUUUGUACAUUCUGAAUGACAAGGCUUUUUAUUUUUGAUCAGCCUUUUGAAAUGUCCUUGUUAGCCCUUUUUGAGGGUUUUCUUAACCUUAAAUAAAUUGACCCAUGUUUUUUUUAAA